CAUAGAGCUUCUAUCAGCGGGGGAAAAUAAAAAUGUCUGCGUCGGAGAAAAAACAAGUGGUGACACCUGAAAAAGUCAGGCAAAUUGUUUCUUCGUUUUUCAGUAAUGCAAGAUCAAGUACUCAACUUUACGGAGAUAAUGAAACUGGAGAAGGAAAUCACCAAGAAUCAGCUUCAGAAGAAAAUGGCAGCAAGAAAACCUCACUGGAGCUUCGCAGCAAAGAAGCAUACUUCAACAGAAUUGAAACUUACUCAGUAUCCUUUGUGUCAUGAAAUUUUACUUGAUGUUCAUGAUAAUAACAAAUUCAUCCAUUGACUUGGUUUGCCAAACCAGUAGAGUUAUCUCCCCUGGUGUGUGCCCAGUAUGGUUGGGAGAACACAGAAAAGGACACUCUACAGUGUAUAGGCUGUAAGGCUUCCUUGUAUGCUGACUUGCCACCAGUGGAUGAUGAUACCUACAAAGAAAAUUGUGAGAGGUUAAAGAACAGUUUAAUGUCCUGUCAUGUGAAAUCAUGUUCCUGGUUUUCAAACCCUACAUCAGAUUCAUACAAAGAGGUCCCACACUGUGAUCAGAAAGAAGUUCGGAAUGAAUUCAAAGGGAGGCUCAACCAGUUGAAAAAAAUGACAGACAGUUUACCGCAUAUUAAUUAUGAGAGUCUGCAGAAAUGGAAUUUUUGCAGUUCUCGCUGUGCUCAAUUUGCCUAUCAUGUAGAGAAGAUGGACACGGAGACAGUAAAGGCGGCCAUCACUCUUGCUGUCACUGGCUGGGCUAGCAGGGGAAGAUCUGACGUCAUCAUAUGUAGUCACUGUCGCCGCCAUGUUGGAUUGUGGAACUUCAGAGCCAUUGCCCCUGGUCAGCAGACAAGUGGCUGCCAUGGCGACGAUGAUGGCAGUGGUGAUGAACCAGCUCCCAAAAGACAGAAAAUUCAAACAAAAAUUGACUUUGACCCAAUAGCCGAACACAGGAACUGGUGUCCGUGGAUAACAAAAUCUGAGUCGUCCAAUCCAUCAAAGCCGGUCAGGACAGAGGGAGAGGGGGUCUUGCUGCCAGAGAGCUCGUCUGGGACGUCUGCGGAACAAGAUGACGGAACAGACCCAACAGCCCAUCCUGGCUGGCUGCUUGUUGUCCAGAUACUAGCACCUAGACUACUGAAUGCCAGUAACAUAAGCUUCUCAAAGUCACUCAAACAGAGUCCAAUUGUCGCAGGUUUGAGAUCCAUUCGUCAUCUGUUCAGCGACUGGACAACAUCAACAGUCACAAAUAGAUAAUAUUCUAUUCAACAUGUAUUCACAUUAUUCAACUUGUGCCAUUUUCAUCUCAACAACAUGAAUAUGUCUCCAUUAUGUGACAUGACAUUUCCACUCAGUCUAAUCAAGUAUUCAAGGACCAUUUUCUAUGUGAACACUGAAAUACUUAAUAAAAUGUGUCUCUCACCAAUGAAGCAGUGCAUAAUCUGAAAUACACUACAAAUUGUUUUAUGUCUGUAGUAAAUAAACAUUU